AUGGGGCCGGUGGCUGGCCUCUUGGAAACUGCCGGCAAGAAAAUAACGAGCGUCGCAGGAAAAUCUGAUGUGGCAGCAAACCCAGCACCAGAAGAAGCAACGGGUGAGACUGCUGCCAGCAGUUCAAAGGCACCUCAACCUGAGAAAGGCAGGCGUCAUUUCACGAAGUUGGCCUUGGGGGACUCGAAGUCUCCCCACUAUAGAGAUUUGGGAAAACCUUAUGACUUUCCGCAUCUCAAGGCAUUAAACUAUAUUGAGCUACGACAAGAGCUACUGAAGUUCGCGGAAUCCGUGGGUAACUUGUGCUCUCCCCAUGACGAACCAUUUCGAGCUAUGGUCAAGGCGGACUGUAAUAUACCCGGCGUUGGUGCAGUGACCUUGCAUAUUGAGGUAGUGGAGAAAGAAAUGAAAAAUCAAAGCUUCUUAGGCCAAGUUAGGGAAAGGCUAUUAUUAGAAAACCCGUUUGAGAGACGGCUGGCUCAGUGGGUUAGUCUUCCAGUCCUCGUGUGGCAAUGGCAUUUAGCCACAGCUGGGACCAUUGGCAAAGCGCUGUUGUGGGGUGGUAAUGACAUUGCAGUUUACACGAGAUUUGUUGGCAGUAACGGAAGAGAUGAGCGUCGUGGUUUCACGCCAUGCGGAGCAGACAAGGUGUAA